UGAGACCAGCCUCCAAGCUGAAAAGCAAACUCCAUUGACUCAACAUCUUGAUUUGAUUUCUCCUUUUCUGCUCGGGUGUUUCGGCCGAGCUUCUGCCGACAGCAGCGCACUUAACCGGGAGUAUUGGAACUAGGGGAAAUGACACCCUCUCACCCCUGCUGUUGGCACAUGUCCAGCCUGUUGAUUUACAUGGGUGAAUUCCCCAUGGGCCGCUGAGUGGAUAUAAGACGGAACAUGAAGUUCCAGUAAUGACAGUCAGCCAAUGAGAUAAGGACCAUCAUUUGGCUCUCGGUGAACAGGGACAAGGAUCGCAAUCGUAGAGUAAGUGAAACUAUGGGGGUUCAAGUCGUUACUAUGGCGACAUUGCUCCUCCAUAACCUGUCGUCAGCGAUCACAUCAACAGCUGCCCCGUCUGUCAAUCAGUCGUGCCAAAACGUCUUACCCUCCCAGCACCACAACAAGCUCAUCUCCGCCAUCUACAGCAUCAUCUUCAUUCUGGGCUUUGUGGGUAACGGGCUUGUCGUGUUGGUGCUGUGCCAGAAGGCCAGCCGCAGGACAGUAGCCAACAUUUACAUACUGAACCUGGCGCUGUCUGACCUGCUGUUCCUCCUGAGCCUGCCCUUCUGGGCUGUCUACUACUCGUACGACUACAACUGGGUGUUCGGCUCAUUCAUGUGCAAGCUGUGCGGCAGCCUCCUCACCCUGAACCUGUACGCCAGCAUCUUCUUCAUCACCUGCAUGAGCGUGGACCGCUACCUGGCCAUCGUCCACCCGUUCCAGCUGCAGAGCCGGAGGAACCUGUGCCAGGCCCGCCUGUUCAGCUGCGCCGUUUGGGCCGUGGCCUGCCUCGCCACUCUGCCCACCAUGAUCUUCCGGGGCACUCACUACGUGCAAGAAAUGGAGGUGGUGGUCUGCGGCAUCCACUACCCGACGCCCGCCUGGGACAAGGGGCUGUCCCUCAUGAAGAACAUCCUGGGCUUCCUGCUGCCUUUCACUGUCAUAGCCACCUGCUACUGCUGCAUCGGCAGGCACCUCCUCGGAUCCCCAGGGCUGGACAAGACAACCAACAACCUGGACCGGGUCCUGAAAGUGGUAGUGGCUGUGGUGCUGGCCUUCUUCAUCUGCUGGUUCCCCUUCCAUGUCCUCACGUUUCUGGAUGCACUGUUCAGGCUUGGGGUAGCCAUCCCCUGCUGGGUGCGGCAGGGGAUUGAGGUGUCGCUUCCCUUCAUGCUGUGCCUGGGCUUCUCCAACAGUGCUGUUAACCCAUUCCUCUACUGCUUUGUGGGAAACCACUUUCGCGAGCAGCUAUCCAGUCUCUAUGAGGCCCGGGUGUCUAGCCUGUCCCAGAAGAGGGGCUCUAUUAGCACCAGGUUGAGCUCUUUCUCCAGAAAGCUCAGUGACUUAAAGGACUUAGGACCCGUGGAGACUCAGGGACAACAUACUACCCCCUAGUGGAGAAACUAGAGGAGAACACUCCAAUUGUCCCCUUC